UCGGAAGAAGAUAUUUUGUAGACAAGUUUUUUCCCGAAUCUUUCAACCAGAAACGAAUAUUCUCUUCUCUUCUUCUUCUUCUUCCUCGCGAAGGUACGUACGUUUGUUAGGGUUGCGAUGAUGGUGGACACUGUUUCGAUGGAGGUUAACGAUCGUCCUUGUAAGAUUCUGAAGUUGGACAAUGGAUCGAAAGCGUCGUCAAAACAGCUCAAGGUAGGAAACGUGGAAGAUGAUGAGUAUCUUCGACAGUAUGGGAUGUUUCACUACGAGUACAAUAAAUCCGAGGGUUUCACGAUUGAUUGGGAGAAGUAUGAUUACGUGUUCCCUACUAGGUCGUUGGAUACUUCACCGCCUAUUAGCCAAAGACGAAGCAAUGCUGAAAUCAUCCGUGAAUAUACCAUCUUUGCCAUUGAGAAAUACAAUCAAGCUCAUCUAACGAAGAAGCUCGUGUUCGACAAGCAUGUCUCAGCAAAUUUCAGAUUUUCUGGUGGUCUUCUCUGCUUUUUAACAUUCUGGGCUACAGAUAGGGCGUCAUCCAAUCCUGAAUCGCAAAUCUAUCAAGCAAGAGUGUGGCGUCUACAGAAACGGUAUGAUAUUCCCAUCUUCAGGCUCAAGCCCAAGCAAGAAGAGAUGGAUUCUAUAGAUGUGCAACCUCCCGUUCCCAUGUAUUCUGAUGACGAGGAUAAACCACCUGUUGUCUUUCUUCGUGCUCCUCCUGAAGCUGGUGUCCCUUUUGUCUUCGAUCGUACUGGAGCUUUCUACUUUUGUUCUCUCGAUACCUGGUCUGCUCUUUAAAGGAAAAGUAUACCAUUCCCUUGGUGAUGAUGACACACACUGUUUAACACCCUCUAGUGUUGCCUAUUGAAGUCCUCUCAGUCUAGAAACGUUGUCCUAGUCUAAUAAGUUGUAUCGAGUCUCAAGACAUAUCUUUAUGUUUCGAUAGUUUACUCUUCUGAACCAUCUGAAUCUUCUACAGUUCUUGAUUUUUGUAUCUUUUAUUUGCUAUUCUGCUCAUCUUUCGACAGUUCCCACUUCUCAGUGUUGAUUGUAUUCUCUCGAACUAGUUUUCUUCUAGCCGGUAUUGUUUUUGGCCAAGACCUACUCUAA